GUCGUGAACGUCCCCGAAGCAUCAUGCCAAGCCAAGAUUGGAUCCGCGUCCUUCGCGGCGUUGGUCUCGUGGCCGAGCAAGUGGCUAAGAACUCCAAGCCACUAGAGGAGCAAUCCAAGCGCGUAUUGAGUCACGCCGCGGACUUGAUCACCCUAGCCCCGCAGCUGUUUACGUCGGUCCCACCUACGUUGUCCGAGCCUUCUGCCACCACCAGUGCAACCGACGAUGACAACUUACAGCAUGAGUUUUCGUCCCUUUCCACUACUACGCCAUCUAACGACGUUGCUUCGACUGCAUUGCCCCCAGCAUCGCCUGCACCAGAAGUUCCACCUUCAACUCCAUCGCAGCCAUAUUCGCCGCCACGUCCUCAACCGACGCAACUGGAGGCACUGCGUCCGUCGAUCGAGGCCAAGGAAUGGACAGAAAAGCACGUGCCAUCGUCGCCCUUGGCCCGCAUCGUCGGAUUCGGCGCGUUGGCCGCGCGCCUCGCCGUCGGCACCGCCACGGCCGUGAUCCAGAACCAAGGCAGCAGCGAGAAGAAGUCGAUCCACCAAGCAUUUGUGUCGGACGCGAACGCCGAACGACUCGCGGAUGCCCUCUGUACCAUGCGUGGGGCCGCGCUGAAGCUUGGGCAAAUGCUUAGCAUCCAAGACGAGAACUUGAUUCCGCCGCAGCUGGCCGCCGCCCUCGAUCGAGUCCGACAAGGCGCCCAUAUCAUGCCCAAGUCGCAAUUAUUUGCCCAGCUGACCAAAGAGUGGGGCCCAGAGUGGCGUGAUCACUUUGAGGCGUUCGACGACGUGCCCCUCGCCGCUGCUUCCAUUGGCCAAGUACACAAAGCCACGCUGGUCACUGGCGAAGUGGUGGCCGUGAAAGUGCAAUACCCAGGGGUGGCCGAGAGUAUUUCAAGCGAUUUGCUGAAUCUCAAGCGCCUGGUCACGUACAUGAAUGUCUUUCCCAAGGGUUUGUAUAUUGAUGAAAUCAUUCGGGUCGGGCAAGAAGAAUUGACGGCCGAGUGCAAUUACACUCAAGAAGCCGAAAACCAAACGAUUUUCAAAACUUUAGUGGAUGACUAUGAGCUGUCGAGGCAUUUCAUCGUGCCGACGGUGUACCCCGAUCUGUCGACGAACCGCAUCCUGACCACAAGUUUUAUCGAAGGCGUCCCUCUGGACAAGAUCGUGCUGUUGUCUCAAGAGAUUCGCAAUCACGUGGCACGACAGCUGCUCCAGCUGACCAUCCACGAGUUGUUUGUGUGGCGGUUCAUGCAGACCGAUCCAAACUGGAGCAACUUUCUGUACGACCCCGAGAGCGGAAAGAUCGGCCUGAUCGAUUUUGGGGCCGCCCGGGCCUACCCCAAGGAAUUUGUAGACACAUAUUUCGACAUUGUAUGGGGCGCCGCCCAACUGGACGCCAAUGCCAUGAUGGACUCGUCGUUCAAGCUCGGGUUUCUUACUGGGGACGAGUCCAAGGACAUGCUCGCCGCCCAUGAAGCGGCGGGGAUGGUCGUGGGAGAGCCAUUUGCGUCGGCCGAACCAUUUGACUUUCACGGCAGUCAGUUGACGCGCCGUCUCGCCAAACAUACCGAGAUGUUUAUGUCAGGCCGGUUGACGCCGCCGCCGCGCGAAGUAUACUCGCUCCAUCGAAAGCUCGCCGGCGCCUUCCUCAUGUGCAUCAAGCUCAAGGCUGUGAUUCCAUGCCGAGAUGUGCUGGAAGAUGUGGCGAAACUGUAUCACAAACAGUAGCUGACAUCGCCUAUCGUCAUACUAGUUUGCCUAAGAGCUGGGAUAAUCGCAUUAGAAUUCAUAGCUGUUCCCUUGUCACAGAAA